CGAUGACGUGUUCCUACGCAUGAGCUUAGCUAGCUAACUUUGCCAUGACAUCGCCUACAAGUGUUUUGGGGACUUCUAUUGGAGAAGCAGUUUUAGCUUCAUACUGUACUGUCUUUGGAGGUGUCUAUCGAUGGUACAAACUCUGUGAUUGUUACCUCUGCCUUUUCUCUUCUACUUCCGUAAUUAUACCGUUUACAGGAAGUGACACUAUGGUAAAUACCACCGGAACGGAAGUCCAUGUAGCGCGCCAAAUUUGUUGUGCUACUGCGUUUGAGUUAACUUCGCUUUCAAGAUUUUUAUAUAAUAUAUAUAUUUUUAUAUAAAUGCUGAUAAGGAACCAGGACUGCUGAAAGACUUAAGCAUGGCGGUACCUUUUGUGCAGGACUGGGACCUGAUCCAGACGCUGGGAGAAGGAGCGUAUGGAGAGGUGAGGCUGCUGGUUAACAGACAGACAGGAGAGGCUGUAGCGGUGAAGGUUAUUGAUACGUCUCAGGGGAAGGAGUGUUCUGAGAACGUCAAGAAAGAGAUCUGCAUAAACAAGGUUCUGUCCCACCCUAACGUAGUGCGUUUCUUCGGCCACCGGAGGGAGGGGCCGACUGUCUAUCUGUUCCUGGAGUACUGCAGCGGUGGAGAGCUAUUCGACAGGAUUGAGCCUGAUUUGGGGAUGCCAGAGAGAGAAGCUCACAGGUUUUUCCAGCAGUUGAUGGCAGCUGUGGAAUAUCUCCACAGUGUAGGUAUCACCCACAGAGACAUCAAGCCUGAGAACAUUCUCCUGGACGAUAAAGAUAACCUGAAGUUGUCAGACUUCGGUCUAGCUACGAUGUUCCGUCACCGUGGGCGAGAGCGGCGUCUGAACAGGCUGUGUGGAACGCUUCCGUACGUCGCGCCUGAGCUGCUCAGCAAAUUAGAGUUCAACGCUCAACCAGCUGACGUCUGGGCCUGUGGCAUCGUCCUCACCGCCAUGUUGGCUGGAGAGUUGCCGUGGGACCAGCCCAGCGAGAGCUGCCAGGAAUAUUCUGAUUGGCUGCAGAAGAAGACCUACCUCUCCCCCUGGAAGAAGAUUAAACACACCCCCCUCAGCCUCCUAUCUAAACUACUCCAGGCCUUGCCAGAAGAGAGGCUGUCUAUCUCUGAUCUCAAGACUGACCCAUGGUUCUGUCAGACCUUCACACCCUUAGCCUCUCACAACAAACUACUACUCUCUGACAGACUACUACUACACAGGAACAACAGUGAUAGGGUGCAGUUCUCCAGCUCCCAGCCAGACCCAGCGCUCGGUGUGUGGGAGGGAAGUUUGUGUGUCGGAGUGCAAGACCAGGUCAGCUUCUCUCAGCCGGCCAGACCAGACAACAUGCUGCUGGGGAGUCAACUACUGGGCACGCCUGGAGCCAGCCAGACCCCGUGGCAGCGGCUCGUUCGGAGGAUGACGAGGUUCUUUACGACUCUGGACUCUUCAGCUUCCUGCUCCGCUCUGAGGGACAUCUGUAUCGACCUGGGCCACACCUUCAAACACACCUGCACCAACCAGGUAACGGUCAGUACUCUGGAUAGACGGAACAAUAAGUUGAUAUUCAAGGUUCAUCUGAUGGAGCUGGACGAGAGAGUUUUACUGGACUUCAGACUAUCCAAGGGCGAUGGUCUGGAGUUUAAGCGUCUCUUCCUGAAGAUCAAACAGAAGCUAAGUGACAUCAUCAGUACCCAGAGAAUACCACUUCCUGUCACAUGAUCAGUUGCCAUCUACGUCAUGGAACACACACCAGAAGACAUCAGGCAGUGUGCGUGUGUUUUACUAUCCUCAUGCGUACCGGAAAUCCCCAAAAUUCCCCACCAGGAUAAUUCUCAUUCACGGGGACAUAUCCCAGGUCCCUGUGAGGAUGGCUUAAAAUGGUCUAGGGGAAAGGAUUUCGAAUGAAAUACAUUUCAGGUCCCCACAAGGAUAGUAACACAUAUGGUGUGUGUAGUUGCAGUAGCUGCUACAGCUGGGACCAUAAACAAAUGAUCCUCACCGACCAUACUGAUAACUAAUCACAGGCAUUUUGUUGAAUUGAUUCAUUAUAAGUAGCCUUUUUACUAGAGAAAUGUCAAGUUUGAAAUGAAGUGUGUUAAUAUGGGUGAUUGUCAAUUGUCCCAAUUGAUAACUACAACCAUCAAACUAGUAGUUUAAAUGAGAAUUAAAAAAGAUGGUGGUGCACAAUGUUAUGAACGUUUCUGUACUUUAUUAUUAUCACAUCAAUUCAGGAAAUGUCUCGGUAAAGGUCUCUGUCGGUAUAGGUCUGUCUCGAGUUGUUGUGUAACCAUUAUUUUGUAUCAAAUAAAAUGAUUUGUGGUAA